CAGAGACUCAAGAGCCCACGUGCUGGUGCACGCCGCUCCGGACGCGCCGCUGGAGAAGACGCUGGACGGAUUUCACCGCCUACGUUCUCUGUCCUCCACAGUCCCAAACAGAUCGUCAAGAAUCAACUGCUUGCCACGGUAGGCCUCCUUCAAAGGUAUGUCCGCGCCCGAUAGGGCCUUCACCUGAUCCACAAUCGUGCGCCCCGACACAUUAGGGUCCGAUGCCACCUAUGUGCUUCAAACUCGAUUCCUUCCAGGUGCUACAUGGAUCUAACGCGCAAGGCCCCAUCGAACUUGUGCUGGACGAAGAACUAACCGUUAACAAGGACGAUCUGCCCCCGAAACUGAAUCAGAAUCCUGGUCGCAACAAGCAGCGACGGUAUCCUAGCAGUGGAGAUACGACGCAGAGCGUUGGCAGGGCGAAGCGAAAAAUGACCUGCACGAAGUGUAACCGGCAAGGACACAAUAAGCGCACAUGCGGUAAGUAGGCGUAGGCCGUCCGAGGAAUGCAAACAAAUCGAGUUCUCGGAUAAUACAUUGCAUAUCAAUUAGCCGUCAU